UUUCGUUUCCCAUUCUUUUUAUUUCAUUUUAAAGAAAUUAUUUCAUUUCAAGUUUCUCUUCAGAUUCUUUUUUGCAUCAAAAUAAGGGCAACCCAGGGUUUUGUGAAUGAAGAGACGAAUUUCUGCUUCUUCUCUUUGAUUUUUCUUGUGGAACAAUUGAUUGGUGUUCUUUAAAUUUUUAAGAAAUGUUCGUAGUUUGGUGGAAUUUGAAAGGUUUCAAAACAAAGGCAGUACGAGAUUAAAUCGCUGUAAUACGGACAGUGUCAAGAAGUUACGACAUCAAUGAAAAGGAAUGCCUGUCCUCGGUUAGGUUACAUAAUUUAUUCAUUUUAAAUUGGAAUGCAAUAAAUAACGGCCAGGAAUAUUCGGUUACAUCUACAAAUGGAUAAGUCUAAUUUACUGUCAGUGGAUGAUGAUUCCACCCUCGUAGGAGGGCCAAAGGAGCUGUCUCACCUUCUUUCUGAAGCACCCCACAGGAGAAAGUCUACCAUACUUUCAGAUGCAGAUAUGUACAAAAUAAUGGAGUGCCCUGUUUGUACUAAAUCCAUGUACCCACCUAUUCAGCAGUGUCCCAGUGGGCAUGCCUUAUGUUCAAAUUGCAAAAUGAAGGUCAAUAACAAGUGCCCUGUUUGCAAAAAGGAAAUUGGAAACAUAAGGUGUUUGGUUCUUGAAAAAUUUGCAGUUUCCCUUCUGCUUCCAUGCUCAAAUCACACUCUUGGUUGCCAGGAGAUGCUACCUUAUUAUGGCAAGGAGAAGCAUGAGUCCCAGUGCAUCUUCAGGCCAUACAGUUGCCCCUCCCCAGGAUCAGAGUGCUCUGUCAUGGGGGAUCUUCCAACACUUCUGGCACACCUUAGGGUGAGUCACAGGGUGGAUAUACAGACGGGGUCAAGUUUCAGCCAUUGUUACGUGAAACAGGAUCCCUGUUCAGUUGCUGAUGUAUCUUGGACGCUCUCUCUCUUCAAUUGUUUCAAUCAGUACUUCUGCCUUCACUUUGAAGCUUUUUCCCUGGGAACCGAGCCAGUUUACAUGGCGUUCUUGCGUUUUAUUGGCGAGGAAUCAGAAGCAAGAAAAUACGGAUACUGCCUUGAAGUAGGUGGAAACGGCCGGAAGCUGACAUGGCAUGGUAUACCACGGAGCAUUAGAACCCAUCAUAGGAGUGUCAGAGACAGUCAUGAUGGACUGAUAAUUCAGAGAAGCUUGGCCCUAUAUUUCUCUAAAGGUGAUGGAAAGGAGCUUAAGUUAAGAGUCUCUGGUAAAAUAUGGAAGGAAGAUUCAUAAACUUUGUUAAAUGAGGAACACAAAAAUAGAAACAAUGGCAAGAGAGGAUUCACAGUUGAGGAUGAAACGUGUUAACAACCAUAAUUGGUAGCAUGUAUAACUGCCUCUGUUUUCUAAGAAACGUGACGUGGAACUCUUUUCACCCUAAGGUCACUCAUGCACACAAGCCUGUCUUCUAAUUUUGAUCCUGACGUCGCAUUACUCGAAAGUAAAGGAAGAAUAGAAGAUCCAUUAGUACCAGAAAGUCUUCUCCCGGGCAACACUUGCCCAAAAUGAGAGGAAGAUAAAUCUCUGUACUUUUUUUUGCAUCAUUCACAUGUAGAUCUAAAAUGAAAGUGAGCGAACUUGGGGUUGGUCCUUUAUAUAUAUAAAAGGGAAGUUAUGUUUUGAAAGAAAAAUUAUGUUAAUAGAUUGGAAUUGGAUGCUUCCUAUUGAAUGACAA